AUGGCAGCCGACAAGACCGUCAAGCUAUCCGAGGCAGACCUCACUAAGGUUGCCACCGAAACCGCCGAGUCCUUCGUCGACAACUUCUACGCCGCCCUGCACAAUUCUCGCGCGACAGUGUCCACCUACUACUGCGCAGCCGAAAAAGACGAGGCCGACGCAAAGAGGAACCUUCCUUUCAUCUGCUGGAAUGGGGAAGCUUUCUUCAGCGGCGCAGAGUUCCAGAAAGAGUUCGACAAAAUGCCAUACUUCUUCCUUGAGGUGCAGAGCUUGAACGCCCACAUCUUGAACGAAUGCGUGGAUGGCGCAAAGAAGAGCACGAAGAAGGAGGCUGAGAGGAACGUGAGCAUCUCGGUGCAGGUCAGCGGUUAUGUACGGCUGUUUGAGCGUAAAGAUGGUCCCAUGCGAGGCUUUGCCGAUCACCUCGUGUUGGUGGCGAACAAGGACCUGGGUAAGUCUGGUGAAGGAAGGCAGUGGGUGAUUCAGACACAGAACUUCAGGUUCGUGGUGUGA